CUCACCACGUUAUUCUCACCCCUUCUCUCCCUGCAAAGGGGCCACUACUUCUAUAAUUAUAAUUAUAGAAAUUUCGUGUCCUUUUGCAGGGGAUAGAGGGGCGAAAGUCGGAGGUAAGAACCGUUUUGCGUGAAAAGUCGAAAUCCAUGUGCAACAUUACAAUUGUAGACCUUUCGUCUCUGUGACAAAUUUUCUAACCUCAAUAGUAGUCAACUUUAACACUUAAUAUCUCGAUUCGUGGGACAGAGCGAUGUUUUUUAUUGCCAGAUUCUUUCAUUUCAUGCAAAAACGCAUCAAUGGCAAUUCAUGAAUUGGAUAAACUAUCAAAUCUAAAAAACUUAAAAUUCAGAGGAAAUCCUAUUUUGGAGAACAGAACUGUAGAGACUGCUCGACAAUUGAUAAUUGCAAGAAUAGCGAAAUUAAAGGUUUUAAAUGGUAAAGAGAUACUUCACGAUGAAAGGAGAGAUGUACUAUUUGGUAUCCGGAGCGAAAAAUUUAACGUGUGCAAUAAAAAUAGCCAAUCCCCAGCUUUAAUAUCGAAAAAAGAAGGAUAGAGCUCGGGUAAUUGUCGUAUAAAGGUACAUGUAUACUUAUCAUCAGAUAGCAUGAACU